GCUCCCGCCCCGCGCGGUCAGGUAGCCCGGAAGAUGGCGGCGGCGGCGGGGGCCGGUGGAGCUCUGUGAGGGGAGCGGCGGCGGGGUCGAUGCCGCGGAGCCGGGGGGCGGCGGCUGCCGCGGGGGCUGCCCGGAGUCGCUGAGAACCUCGAGCCCCUCGUUUGGCGCCGGGCCUCGGUCCGGGAGCGGGCGGCAUGCGGCAGCGCGGGGGGCUCGGCGGGAGCGCCGGGCGGCGGGAGGUCGGUAGCCCGCGGCUCCUCGGCCCGCGACAGCUGCUCGGGCUCGUCCUUCUGCUGUGGCCGCUCGUKGGGAGCGGCGAGGCGGCUCCGCUGCCGCCAGCAGGUGCAGGAGAAGAAGCUACAGCUGAAGUUCCCUCGUCUUUUGUGAUUCUGUCUCUGUGCACCCUGGUAGUCCUGGUGAUUCUGCUUGCAAACUGUGUGUCCUGCUGUAAAGAUCCUGAGAUAGAUUUCAAGGAAUUUGAAGAUAACUUUGAUGAUGAAAUAGAUUUUACACCUCCAGCAGAAGAUACUCCAUCUGUUCAGUCUCCAGCAGAAGUGUUCACCCUUUCAGUUCCCAAUAUUGCUUUACCAACUCCCUCCCAGUUUCCAUCUCGUACAGAUGGAUCAAAGUCUCAAGUUGCACGUCAGAGUCUAAACUACAUCCAGGAAAUUGGAAAUGGCUGGUUUGGAAAGGUUCUCCUUGGAGAGAUCUACACAGGCACUAGUGUAGCUCGGGUAAUAGUGAAGGAGUUAAAGGCAAGUGCAGGUCCCAAGGAGCAAGAACAGUUUUUAAGAAAUGGAGAGCCAUAUUACAUUCUUCAGCAUCCAAAUGUUCUCCAGUGUAUUGGGCAGUGUGUGGAAGCCAUUCCUUAUCUCCUAGUUUUUGAGUUCUGUGACUUG